UUGAUUGGGCCAACUGCACCAUAAAUAAGGUGCUAUGCAAACAACAAAUGCAGUGGGGCACCACCAGCUGCACAGCCACAGGACCCUUAUCAGUGAAAGCAAGAUCGCCACCAUUUUGGAAAAAUCAAGCCAGAGGAAAGAUUCUACGGACGUGAAAUAACUGGUAAAAAAAAAAGAGACAGGAAAAACGCCAUUUCUCUGAUCUUGCAGGUUCGUCUUCUCACUAUCCUUUUGCAAAUCCAAUAGGAAUUCUCGCAAUUCAGCACCAAAUUGACGUCUUUAUCUAUCCUCUUUUAAUAUCUGCUCUUUAAAUUCUCUUACUUUUACUUUUAAACGAAACCCUAGAUUUCUCGACCUUUGAAACCUUAUCCAGACCAUAAGUUUCUGGUGUUAAUAUCUUCUUUUCUCUAUUGCAUUUGAGAAGCCCUAGGGUUCCAAUUCUUGUAGCUUUAGGGUUUUGUUUUCGUCAAUGGAUGUGCAAUUGUUGAACAAGGCGUUGACUUUUUCAUCAAGGAAGAAAAAAUGGCUUAUUUCGUUAGCUAUAUGUGGAGUCUCUGGUUAUGGGGUUUACAAGGUGUAUAAUUUACCAUCUGUGGUGGAGAAAAGAAAGAGGUUUUUGAAGCUCUUUGGAGCCCUGAUUUCUUUAGCUGAACUAGUCUCGGAUUCCGCGGAGACGAUCAAUGUUGUCUCCAAGGACUUGAGGGAGUUUUUGCAAUCUGAUUCUGAUCAAAUUCCUAACAGUUUGAAGCAAAUUUCAAAGAUUGUGAGAUCAGAGGAUUUUUCCCAAUCUUUAAUUAGGGUUAUUGAAGCUUUAACAUUUGGGGCUUUAAGAGGGUAUAAGUUAGAAGCAGGGAAUGAGAGUGAAUUGGCAACAGGUUCAGGGAAUUUCAGCUUUACUGAUAGGGUAAUUGAUAGGGUUUUUUCUAAUGCUGGGACUGGGUUUGUAUCUGUUGUGGUUGGUAGCUUUGCUAGGAAUCUGGUUCUGGGGUUUUACUCAAAUCGCAGAGAAGUUGAUGGGUUGAGUGGGAAUGUUGGGUCAUCUGAUGUGCCCAAAUGGGUUAAUCUGCUUUAUGAUGAUAAGUGUAAAGAGCUUCUGGGUGACUGCAUACAAAGAUUUGUGAGCACAGCUGUUGCAGUGUAUCUUGAUAAGACAAUGGACAUUAAUAUUUAUGAUGAAAUGUUUGCCGGGCUAACCAAUCCAAAGCAUCAAAGCAAUGUGAGAGACAUUUUGGUUUCUGUUUGUAAUGGUGCUGUGGCAACGCUGGUGACAACAUCACAUCAAGUGUUGACAAGUCCAAACUCUAAUUCUAACUCAAGCUCAGGUACUACUUGUUCAAUUGUUGAUCAGAGUGAGGAUGCCAGUCAAAUGAGAGAUGGUUGUUUUGAAAAGGAAGUAUCUUUAAAGGGAGUGAAAGAGAGGAGCUCAUUUGAUGGGAUUCAGAAUAGUGGGUGGGUUGAUAAGUUCUCAUCGGCUUGGGCAGUUCCCAGCAAUAGGAAGUUUGUGCUUGAUAUGACCGGGAGAGUGACCUUUGAAACAAUAAGGUCGAUAGUGGAGUUUUUGUUAUGGAAGCUUUCAGAGGGUUUGAAAAGAAGCAUUCAUGUUGUCCAUGUCGAGGUUGUGGAAAGGGGACUGGAUGUUAUCAGAUAUGUUGGUGCAAAGUCUUCCGUUAUUGUCACCAUUUGUCUUGCUCUGUACUUACAUAUCUUGGGUGGUAGUAGAGUUGUCUUGCCUGCUUGAAUGGCUUUGUUCCAUCUUUUCAUGGAAAUACAAUGAAAUCUUAUUGAAGUUGCUUAUAUCAGAAGGCUUGUAUGUAAUAUUCUCUACUCAAAUAAAAGGUAUGACUAAGGUCAUGUAAUUCAUUUUUAUUAGUGGUCUUAACUUUAGGAAACACUUAGCUUCCCCCAAAUUUAUUAGCAUUAUUCAGAUGUAACUCAAUAUUCUCACUGCUGUAUACUACAAUUAGUGGUAUUUGUUGUUACAAAUUCAGUCCGUCAUAGGUGGAUUGUCUAAGUGAUUUAGAAACCAAAAGAACAUCGAAUAUUCAUUAAUGUGCUUUGGGAUUAAGAAUUAAAAUUUUCGUGUCAAUUUUUUGGCCAUUGUUAAUAACAGCUUGUGUCAUUCAGCAUUGCACCACACUUUUUGAACUGUGAUUUUUCUUAGUAGGAGGGGAUUAGUAUACUUAUUCCAGUCAUUGACUUGAAAGAUAUUUAUCCAUAGGAGCAUUAGUUCCUGCCAAGGAAAGUUUUGCUGCUUCUGCAGUAUGACUGUCGACAAUGAGUGGAUUAUGGUAGAGAUAAUAACCCAUUAUUUGGAAAAAUCAAGGGAUUGGUCAACCUUAAUCACAAAAUGUGACAGAAAGACCAAUCAUACCAACCAGACCCCAUGGAGGGGAUUUAUGCACAACCAUUUAGCCUACUCUAAAUUUUCAUUUGAAGAAACGCACAUGUUCAUGGCACAUAGGCAUCUGCAAAGAAGUAUUAACUGGGGCUCGCAUAUGCAGAGGCAAAACCAGUGAAGGAAGAGGCAAUUGACCAGAUACUUCAAUGGAUUUUGAUGACCGGAUCUGGUCCAUUGCAGAUAGGAAUCCAAAACCAAUGUUAAGUUGGCUCAAGGCCACCCCAUAUGAUCAAACGGGCUAGGCCUAGGAACAAAACCCAAUUGUUUUGCUUAGCAGUCCGCAGUUGGCAUGUAGUUUUUCAUUAUCCAGCCUCAAUUAUAUUUUUAUCACUGGUUUAGGAUUUCCAUUUUUAAAGUAUAUGCCAAAUUGCCAACGUCUUGUUUAUAUGACAAUUUAAUUCAAAUAGAUUCCAAGGUUUUGUUCCAUGCUAAACUUUGACU